AUGGGAGAGAGUGAGAUUGAAGAAGGAGAGGCAUGUGAUUACAUGGACAAUGGUGAUCGGAACAUUGAUAUUGAUGUGGCUCUCUCUUAUAUUUGUGAACAUUGGUGUUCUGUUUUCUUGUUCGUCUUAUGCAAUUUGUCUGGAACCUCAUGGAACAUUUGUAGAAAUAGGUCUAGAAUUUCUCUGUUAAGUGCUACGAAAUUGUGUAGCUUCAUAAUCAAUGUGUUGAUUGUUGAACUGAUUUUGCUGGACCUGGAUUUUGCUGUUUACUACCAUAAAAAUUCCUCUAUCUUGGGUGUUGUUCUUGUUGCCACUGGUGAUAGGAUUCAGGAAAUCUUGGGGCAGUACCGAAAAGAUUUUGAAGGUGGAGUUUCUGCAGAUAAUUUGGGGGCAAGAUUUGGUGGUUAUGGUUCGUUUUUACCUACUUAUCAGCGUUCCCCUUCUAUAUGGUCGAAUCCAGUAAUCCAGCAGAAAGUACAAAGUCAUGGCAUACAAGCAUCUUCUCAUGAUGAUCAGCUGGCAGAGGGUGCCGUUCAGAACUCCACUGGUUCAAUACAUGAGACUGUUUCUGGAAGACCCAAAGCUGCUUCAAGAAGUGGCUUUCCACUUCCUGUAGCAAAAACUUUGCCUGAGGAUAGGUUGGUUAAACUUCAUAGUUCGGGAGAGUGCUUUUCUGAUCAUGAACCACUUAAAGUGCUAGUUAACCAGUCGGACCAGAAAAUGCUGAAGGUACGAAUCAAAGUGGGGUCAGAUAGUUGUUUACCGGAGCAGAAAAAAUCAUCAAUUUACAGUAAUCUUGGCCUAGACAUGUCUCCAUCAUCAUCUGAGGAAACUGACAGCUCUUCUGAAUGGGGAAGGGAUUUUCCAGAUUCUCUAGAGAAAGACAUGUAUUCUCCAUCCCGCAUUGUCAGGAUCAUGACCUCUUCUCCCGUUCCCAGUGGUGCAUUGUUGUCACCUCUUGAUGAUUGUUUGCUUAAUUUAUCAGAACAAAAAGAUUUUUUGGACCAUAAAAGACUCGUACCUGUGCAAGAGCGCUCUGCCAUGUGGGCUGAUGAGAAAGUACUUGUGGAGAAACAAAAGAAACCACGUGAUAGAAAUGUUAGGUUGGUGGAGUUGAAGAAUGAACAUUAUAAUGAUCCUCCCAAUUCUCUUAGUGCCAGUUCAAAAAAUGAAACAAGUAUGGAGACCUCAAAGGGCAACCAUAUAUUAUCUGAUGCUGGGAAUCACCCACCUGAAUCUAAAACAACUAAAGUGGGUACAGUAGCUGUUGGAACAGGUACAAUAUUCAGAGCCAAUGUGAGUGGGGCAGAAAAAGAAUUAUUUAGCCAAAAAGCUUGCAAGGUUCAUGAAGUGAGUGCAAAAGCUACUUCGACUGGAAAAGUUCGGAAAGCUAACAAAUUAGGCUGUGACCCAAGAGACAAUGGGAGCAAAGGUGAUAAAAGUCAUGCUUUGUUUAAAGAAAAUUAUGACAUGCCUGAGGGCAUGAGAAAAUGUAGAGAUGGAACAUUAGAUCUUACAAAACAGAAGUUUGAAAAGAAGAAAACAACCAACCUACAGGAUGAUGUGAAGGUAUCUCAUGGGGAAAAACAACUAUCUGCUGACAAAAAGAAACCCAAGGGAAGCAAAAAUGAUUGUAGCUCAACUGUUGGGACAUCAAAUAACAUGAGGAUCCGUUUGUCUGCUGAACCAAAAGAAAAGAUCUUUCGGAAAAGCUGUAAAGGGGAUAAUGCAUUGCUCGAAGAUUUGAGAAAGGUAAAAGUUAAACAUGCUGUAUCAACUGGUGACAGAAAAGCAGGGAGAAAUGAAUCUAGAAGCCGUUUGUUGGGAGCUCCUGCUGAAGAUGAGACAAGGGACUAUAAGCUUGAGGUGCCUGAGAAAGAACCGCCUGCUUUCAGAAAUAAAUCAAAUGUGAGUUCAGGUGAUAAAAAAGCCAGUUUCUUUUCAUCUUCUAAAGCAAAUUCGAGAGGAGACAUCAAUGAUGUUGCACCACUAGCUUGUCCACUUCCUAUGGAGGUUGCACCAUUUCUUAUAGAGGAGAAUUGGGUGUGUUGUGACAAGUGUCACAAGUGGCGGCUUCUACCGUAUGGUACAAAUCCGGACCAGCUUCCACAGAAAUGGCUGUGCAGCAUGCUUGACUGGCUGCCUGGACCUGGAAUGAACCAGUGCACUGUUAGUGAGGAGACGACGACAGAUGCUCAGCGUGCACUUUAUCCGUUACCUGUUGCAGGGAAUCAUGAUGACCGGCUAAGCCAUUCUGUCAGCGCUGAAUCUUUAAUUACCUCCGUUAAUACCUGGCAUGAUCUUGAUCAAAAUACACAAGAUCUUAGUUUUAGUGGUGGAAAGAAGAAACCUGAAAUGAAAGAAGUAUCUAAUCCAGCUCGAUAUAGUGUUUCUAAGAAGCAGCUGAACUCUACGAUGAAGAAUGAACAUGUCUCUAUUGAAAGAAGAAGUUUACAUAACAGGAGCUUGUGUUCUUUGGAGACCAAGUUGGAGAAAAGAUUGGGUGAUGUGCAGCCACAGAAAUUGAAGAUCGAGAGGGAGGCCGAUGAAGAAGAUUUCAAGCUUUCUAAAAAACCAAGGAUGGCUGGUAGGCACUAUGCGGAGGAAGAUCAGCAUACUGGUGGAAUCUCAAAGAAAGAAAUGGAAAGUAAUAAUAAAAAAUAUUCAUCUUGCAGGGAUGUGAGGUGUCUCACAAAGGAUUCCACAAGUCUUUAUGUUAAAAAACAACAUAUUCAAUUUCCAAAGACAGUGGUUGCAGAGGAUCAAGAUACAAUGGGUAUUGAGGGGAAGAAGAGAAAGUCAAAAGACCGGGUGAACAGUCAGAUAUAUCUUGGUAACCAUUCUGGUAAUAUGCAAGAUAACAGUAUUUCAGUGGAGGAGACAAGUCGGAGUGAAUGCAGGAAUGAAAAGAAGGCAAGAAAAUGUAAAUCCAAGGGAAAGGACUCUAGUGCAAGCAAGGGGGAUUGUAAAAUGUUUGGAAAAGAUAAGGUGAAUUAUUUAUCUCAAGCAACUGCUGAUGGUAAGAAUUCAGAAGGAAGGGAUUUGAGAGAUGGACUGCAAUGCAUGGCAGCUACCUCUAGCUCAUCCUUGAUAUCAAGCACUUGUAAAGUUAAAAUCAACUUCCAAGACAUCAAGGGCUCACCUGUGGAGUCAGUCUGUUCUUCACCUUCGAAGAUUUCUAACCAAGGCAGUCCUAGAAGGAGCUUGUCAGGCAAUCGUGGUAGCUCAGAUGUUGGUUUUUCUCACUUCAGUGGCCAAACAAAAUGCUUAGAAGGUGAAUCUGUUGGUGUAAGUAAUUGGUCUGGGACCAUAAGGAAGGAAAAUGCCCCUGUUUCUGCACCCAUCAAGGAAAAAUCAAGGGAAAUCUAUAGACGUAAUGAUGAUAAAGCUGAGAAAACUAUUGCUGGUCAGAAGGUUUCUUCCAUCGAAAGUCUAAAUAAUAGUAAUAGAGAGGAUAAUCAAUUUGGAUGUGAAGGACAUGACUCACUUAGGAAAAUGGAUGCUGUUAUUCAGAAGGAUUGCAAAUUGGCUCCACAGCAUAAUGUGCUGCAGAACCACAGCAGUAGUGGAUCUUUGGACUUGCUUCCAUCUGACACAAUUAAUCAAGUGGAAAAGGCUGCUGGGAGACGGAAGUCAUUGGAUUUCUUAUUUUUUGGUGAUAAAAAGGAAAAUCAGUGUUUGAUAAGUAGUGAAUAUGAUGCAUUGGAAGUUGAUGGUUCUAGUUCUGAUGACUUGGCAAGGACCCCAAGACAACUUGGAAAGGAUGAUGGUCGGAAUGGGCUUCAAGAUGUUAUGCCAAGGCAUCCUUUGCCUGAUGCCAGCAACGUUGUUGCAUCAAAUCAUAUCAGAAGUGAUUUCUUUAGUCAGGGAGCAAAUGAUGCUUUGGAAGGAGCCAAGGAUCUUAAGCAUUCAGCGGAUCCUCUUAAGAUUUCUGCUUCAGGCCUUCAAAGUGCCGAGCUAUUCUUUCAGGCAGCUUUGAAAUUUCUUCAUGGGGCAUCACUUUUUAAUCCUCAUAACAACAACAUUAUCAACAAUGGAGAGAUGACAUCAGCUGAAAUGUAUGGUCAUGCUGCAAAACUUUGCGAAUAUUGUGCUUCUGAAUUUGAGAGAUGCAAUGACUUGGCCUCUGCUUUUUUGGCAUACAAAUGCAUCGAAGUGGCAUAUAUGCGGGUAGUGUAUUCCAAUCACCUCACUGCAAGCAGGGAUCGGAAUGAACUGCAAGUGGCAUUACAACGGGUUUCUCCAGUUGAGUCUCCAUCAUCUUCCGACUCUGAUGUUGAGAACCUAAACAAUGAGGUAAAAGUGGGGAAGAGACAUAUAACUAAGGAUGUUGGUUCUCAAGCAGCUAGAGAUCAUGUCAUUCCUGCUAGAAACCAACCCAACUUUGUCCGGUUGCUUAAUUUUGCUGAAGAUGUGAACCUUGCAAUGGAAGCCUCAAGGAAAUCUCAGGCUGCCUUUGCAGCUGCUGAAAUUAUUCUUGGAGAGGCAGGCAAUAUGGAGGGGAUUUCUUCCAUUAAGAAGGUCCUUGAUAUGGGCUUCCAUGAUGUAGAGGGGCUAUUGCGGCUGGUACGCCUUGCAAUAGAGAGCCUUCACAAAACUCCUUGA